AUGAAACAGGUUUCGGUAGCGGUCGGGAAACCAGCGAACGAGCAUGAGACUGCUCCCAGGAGGAACGUGAAAGUGGCCGCAAAGCCCAUCGUGAGACCUAUUGGGAUGUCCUGUAACACGGUCUACGAGUUUGCCAUGGAACGGUUUGAAAAAAACGCUAAGAAGCAGGCGAUGGGUUGGAGAGACGUUCUUGAGAUUCAUGAGGAGACCAAAGUCGUCAACAGGAGAGUGGAUGGGAAAAUGGUCCCCCAGGAGAAGAAAUGGCUGUACUACGAGUUGUCCCCGUACAGGUACAACACUUACAAAGAGCUCACGGCGAUCAUGCACGCGUUGGGGAGAGGGCUUGUUAAGAUUGGGAUUCAACCGGGGGAACCAGGCGUAGAUAUCAACCAUGAACACAAGUUGCACAUGUUUGCCUCGACGUCCCAUAAAUGGAUGAAACUUUAUCUGGGGGCACAGACCCAAAAUGUGCCCAUUGUGACCGCGUACGAUACGUUGGGGGAGAGCGGGCUCACUCACUCAAUGGUACAGACGGGGUCUACGGCGGUGUUCACGGAUAACGCACUACUGGAGAAACUGGUUAACCCUUUACAGAAAGCUGAUAAGGUGAAAUGUAUUAUUUACUCUGAACAAUUGAACCCGGGGGAUAGAAGACUCGGUGGGUCCCUGUACAAGAACGCCGCUUCUGCGAUCGAAAAGAUCAAGAAAGUCCGCCCAGAUAUCACCUUCAUCAGUUUCGAUGACUUGUUGGAGAUCGGGGUCAAAGCAGAGGGGGAGAUUGGACCACACCCACCGGCCGCGGGUGACUUAUCCUGUAUCAUGUACACUUCAGGGUCCACUGGGGAUCCAAAGGGGGUCGUCUUGAAGCACUCCAAUAUCGUCGCUGGUGUUGCAGGUGUGAGUCACAACGUCAUGGACGGGUUCGUCGAUACAGGGCACAGAAUCAUCUCGUUCUUACCACUAGCACACAUCUUCGAACUGGUGUUCGAGCUCGUGGCCUUCUACUGGGGGGGCACCAUCGGUUACGCAAACGUCAAGACCCUGUCAAAGACAUCAGUGCGUAACUGUGAGGGCGAUAUCGUCGAGUUUAAACCAACACUGAUGGUGGGUGUUGCCGCGGUCUGGGAAACAAUCAGAAAGGGGAUCCUUAACCAAAUCGCUGACUUGCCCUCCUUCACACAGAAGAUCUUUUGGGCAGCGUACCACACAAAGAUCAAAUUGAAGAAAUGGCAUCUCCCAGGUGGAGACACAAUCGGUAACAUUCUCUUCAAGAAAAUCAAACUUGCGACAGGUGGACAACUCAGGUACAUGUGUAACGGUGGAUCCCCCAUCAGUCGUGACGCACAAGAAUUCCUCACAAACGUCCUGUGUCCGAUGUUGAUCGGUUACGGGCUCACUGAGACUGUUGCGUGCGCGUGUGUUCUCGAACCAGAGAAUUUCGAGUACGGUAUCGCGGGGAACCUCACGGGUGCAAUCACUGCGAAAUUGGUCGACGUCGAAGAACUUGGGUACUUCGCCAAGAACAACCAGGGGGAGAUCUGGCUCAAGGGCGCACCAGUGCUCUCCGAGUACUACAAGAACCCAGAGGAGACGCAGCAGGCGAUUACCGCGGACGGCUGGUUCAAAACGGGGGAUAUCGCCGAGUGGACUCCUUCGGGGCAAGUCCAAAUUAUCGACAGGAAGAAGAACCUGGUGAAAACGCUCAACGGGGAGUACAUCGCCCUAGAGAAACUUGAGUCCCUGUACAGGUCCAACAAGUACGUUCAAAACAUCUGUGUGUACGCGGACCAGACACAGGUGAAACCAGUCGGGAUUAUCGUCCCCGCUGGUCCAGCGGUCACAAAACUGGCCGUGUCCCUUGGGGUCAUGCAACCGGACGACGAUAUCGAGAACUACAUCCACGAUAUGAGACUCAGAAACGCGAUUUUGAAGGAUAUGCUCCAGACGGGCAGGGACCAGGGGCUCAACGGCAUAGAACUGCUUGCAGGGGUUGCCAUCUCGGAGGAAGAGUGGACACCAGAGAACGGGUUCGUCACCUCCGCGCAGAAACUUAAGAGACGCGACAUUUUGAACGCGAACAAGGACGAUGUCGACAGCAUCUACGCCGCUGUAAACAAAUAA